AUGCCUGGCUCCUUCUCUCAGGAUAGCUGUCCCUCAGGAAAUUCUCAGACUCCUCACUGCCUCCUAGAGAUCGACUUGGUGACCUGCCACUUCUAUGUCAGUUGCACCAGACAUGGCUUAGCUGAGAUGGAAGACAAACCACGGCUCCCUGAAGUGUGUAGUGUUGCUAUGAAUAAAGUGCUAUCUUAUGAGCUGCACAUCAGUGAUGCUUAUUUAUCUAUGGCCUAUAAUUCCAUUGACGAAUCAGUACAACCUUGUUUUGCCACAUUCUUUGAAGACCAAGCUGAUAUGAAGAGGGAAAAUGGAAAGGAAUUCCUAGAAUAUCUAGGAAAACGUGGGAAUAAAAUCUGCCUUCCAGUGUUUAAGAGGCCUGAGAUAGAGAACUGGGGAACCGGCCUAAGAGCUCUAGAGUGUGCUCUGGACCUGGAAGACCGGUUAACCACGCUCCUGCUGGACCUGAAGACCACAGCUUCUGCCAACAAAGAACGCGAUGUCUUAGAAUUCAUAGGAAAGUACCUGAAAGAACAGAAGAGGAGCACAAAAAACCUGCAAACCAAGCUAAAAUAUUGUAAGGAAAUUGAGAAUCAGGCCCAGAAGGAAGAAAAAGCCUGCUGA